UCAAUGUGCCCCCUUACAUUAGGUGUGCCCAUCAGAGUGCUCCUUUACAUCAGUUGUCUCCAUCAGAGUGCCCCUUUACAUCAGGUAUCCCCAUCACGGUGCCACCUUACAUCAGGCAGUCCCAUCAGAGUGCCCCCUUACACUCAAAGUACCCCUUUCAAUCAUAUUUCCCGAUAAGAGUGCCCCUUUACAUCAUAUUCCCCAUCAGAGUGGCCUUUCCAUCAAAUGUGCCAGACUGCCCCUUUCCAUCAUUUGUGCCCAUCAGAGUGCCCCUUUCCACAGUAUGUGCCCAUUUGUGCCCCCCUUA